UGGAGUCACCUGCACCCCAGUCCCCUUGCUGGGACAAUCUCUGCUAGCACCCUGGGCUCCCCAGGGCCAAGCCUGAUGAGUGCCUUACCCCUGGGCCAUAAACCUGCCAGUUCUCUGCCUGUCCAGCUCCUAUGGGCUCUCGAGGAUCCUGACACAGCUCACAAUGGCAUCUGGGGGAACAGAGGAGCCCCAGAGGGGAAGGGAGCCCCGCGCGGACUCAUUCCAUGAUGUCCCUGUCGGUGCGGCCGCAGCGCCGCCUGCUCAGCGCCCGGGUCAAUAGGAGCCAGUCCUUCGCAGGCGUCCUCGGCAGCCACGAGCGGGGGCCCAGGAGCUUCCCGGCCUUCAGCCCCCCGGGGCCCCCACGGAAGCCCCCAGCGCUCUCCCGAGUAUCCAGGAUGUUUUCUGUGGCGCACCCAGCCCCUAAGGUCCCGCAGCCUGAGCGGCUGGACCUGGUGUACACUGCGCUCAAGCAGGGCCUGACGGCCUAUUUGGAAGUGCACCAGCAGGAGCAGGAGAAACUCCAGGGACAGAUUAGGGAGUCCAAGAGGAAUUCUCGCCUGGGCUUCCUGUAUGACUUGGACAAGCAAGUCAAGUCCAUUGAACGCUUCCUGCGGCGGUUGGAGUUCCAUGCCAGCAAGAUUGACGAGCUAUAUGAGGCAUACUGUGUCCAGCGUCGUCUCCGGGAUGGUGCCUACAAUAUGGUCCGUGCCUAUAGCACUGGGUCUCCAGGGAGCCGUGAGGCCCGGGACAGCCUGGCUGAAGCCACUCGAGGGCAUCGCGAGUACACAGAGAGCAUGUGUCUGCUGGAGAGUGAGCUAGAGGCACAGCUGGGCGAGUUCCAUCUCCGAAUGAAAGGGCUGGCUGGCUUUGCCAGGCUGUGUGUGGGCGAUCAGUAUGAGAUCUGCAUGAAAUAUGGGCGUCAGCGCUGGAAACUACGGGGCCGAAUUGAGGGUAGCGGAAAGCAGGUGUGGGACAGUGAGGAAACCGUCUUUCUUCCUCUGCUCACAGAGUUCCUGUCCAUCAAGGUGACAGAACUGAAGGGUCUGGCCAACCACGUGGUUGUAGGCAGUGUCUCCUGUGAGACCAAGGACCUGUUUGCUGCCCUGCCCCAAGUUGUGGCUGUGGACAUCAAUGACCUCGGCACCAUUAAGCUCAGCUUGGAAGUCACAUGGAGCCCCUUCGACAAGGAUGACCAGCCCUCAACCGCUUCCACUGUCAACAAGGCCUCCACAGUCACCAAGCGCUUCUCCACCUAUAGCCAGAGCCCACCAGACACGCCCUCACUUCGGGAACAAGCCUUUUAUAAUAUGCUGAAACGGCAGGAGGAGCUGGAGAAUGGGACAGCGUGGUCCCUGUCAUCCGAAUCUUCGGAUGACUCAUCCAGCCCCCAGCUCUCAGGCACUACCCGCCACUCUUCAGCUCCAAGACCUCUGGUGCAGCAGCCUGAACCUCUGCCCAUUCAAGUCGCCUUCCGAAGGCCUGAGACCCCCACCUCUAGGUCCAUGGAUGAAGAGGGAGCCAUGGCCCCAGCCCUGGCCAAUGGGCAUGCCCCCUACAGCCGGACUCUGAGCCACAUCAGUGAGGCCAGUGUGGACGCUGCCUUGACUGAGGCUUCAGUGGAGGCUCUGGGUCUAGAAAAUCUAGCUCAGGGACCUAGCCAGCUUGCAGACCCAGAUCCCACCCAUGGGGAGCAAUCUGGUCCUGUCCCUCCUGCUGUGGACCCUUCCCAUUCUGCCACAAGCCCCACCCUCAGUACAACAGGCCCUGCCCACACAUCUACAGACCCUGCACCAUCAGCACAUCUAGACUUGGUUCACAAGAUCACAGACUCUAGCACUGCUGACCUGCCAGACCCCACCCAUACCACUACAGGCUCUACCUAUAAUGCCAUUAGCCCUAGCUACAGUGCUCCAAGCCCCAUUCACACUACCACAGGUUCUACCCACAAGCCGCUGGUCUCUCCACUCACCACUACAGGCUCUACCCCCAGUGCCACAACCCCAGAGCAGACCACUACAAGACCCACUGACAAAGUGAUACUUUCCACUCUCACUGCUGUAGGUCCUACCCCCAAUACUACAGGCCCAGUCCAGACCACCACAAGCCCCGUCCACACUACCAUAAGCCCUACCCAUACUACUGCAAGCCUCACCCAGACCACUAUAAGCCUCACCCAUACUACUGCAAGCCCUACCUAUGCCACUACAAGCCCCACCCAUACUGCCAUAAGCCCCACCCACACCACUGCAAGCCCUGCCCAUACCACUACAAGCCCUACUCACAAAGCCAGGAUGUCAACUCACACCACAAGUCCUACCCCCAAAGCUAAAGGCCCAGUCCAGAACACCGGGAGCCCCACCCAUCCUGUCACAAGCCCCACCCUUAUAACUGUAAGCUCUUCCACUUCUUUAGACUAUGCCAUGCUUCCCAGCCCCUCUACAAACACAGACUCUACUCUCCCAGGCACCCACACCUUGUCCUACGGCUACCCAUCUUCCACUCCUUGCACUCAGGCAGAUUCCAUAGCCCCCAGCACUUCCUACCCAAGUCCCGCCUGUUCCAGUUGGGAACCGCUCACAAGUCCUUCCCCAGACCCACCAGAGCCCAUCCUUCGAAGCCCAAGUCCCCCUCCCUCACCUCUAGCCCCUAUGCCUCAGCAUUUAGACCUUAGCCCGGAUGUAGCCCCCCGGGCCCCAGUUCCAGGGGCUGCUGGAAGGGCUGGGGAUAGGAGGCUGGAAGAGGCACUGGGGGCCCUAAUGGCUGCCCUGGAUGACUAUCGUGGCCAGUUCCCCGAGCUGCAGGGCCUGGAGCAGGAGGUUACCCGGCUGGAGAGUCUGCUCAUGCAGAGACAAGGCCUGACUCGCAGCCGGGCCUCCAGCCUUAGCAUCACUGUGGAACAUGCCCUGGAGAGCUUCAGCUUCCUCAACGAGGAUGAAGAUGAAGACAUUGAUGGUCCUGGAGACAGGCCCCCAAACAGCCUGGAGCCUGGGGCUGAGGACAGCCUCGACUUAGCCAGUGCCCGCCCCCUCAGCACGGAGUGUCCAGCUCUGGACGCUGCCUUGGUCCAGCAUCUGUACCACUGCAGCCGCCUCCUGCUGAAACUGGGCACAUUUGGGCCCCUGCGCUGCCAGGAGGCAUGGGCCCUGGAGCGGCUGCUGAGGGAGGCCAGAGUGCUGGAGGCUGUAUGUGAGCUUAGCAGGCGAUGGGAAAUCCCUGCCACCUCUGCCCAGGAAGUGGUGCAGUUCUCAGCCUCUCGGCCCGGCUUCCUGACCUUUUGGGACCAGUGCACAGAGGGACUCAGCCCCUUCAUCUGCCCUGUGGAGAGAGUGCUUCUCACCUUCUGCAAUCAAUAUGGUGCCCGUCUUUCCUUGCGCCAGCCAGGCCUAGCUGAGGCUGUGUGUGUCAAGUUCCUGGAGGAUGCUCUGGGGCAGAAGCUGCCCAGGAGGCCCCAGCCAGGCCAUGGAGAGCAGUUCACCGUCUUCCAGUUCUGGAGUUACAUUGAAGCCUUGGAUAGCCCCUCUAUGGAGGCCUUUGUGACCGAAACCGCCGAGGAGGUGUUACUGGUGGGGAAUUUGAACUCAGAUGACCAAGCUGUUGUGCUAAAGGCCCUGAGGUUGGCACCAGAGGGGCGGCUGCGAAGGGAUGGGCUUCGGGCCCUCAGCUCCCUGCUGGUCCAUGGCAACAAUAAGGUCAUGGCUGCUGUCAGCACCCAGCUCCGGAGCCUGUCACUGGGCCCUGUCUUUCGGGAAAGGGCCCUAUUGUGCUUCCUGGACCAACUGGAGGAUGAGGACAUACAGACAAGAGUGGCUGGCUGCCUGGCCCUGGGCUGCAUCAAGGCUCCUGAGGGCAUUGAGCCCCUGGUGUAUCUGUGCCAAACAGACACAGAAGCUGUGAGGGAAGCUGCUCGGCAGAGCCUGCAACAGUGUGGGGAAGAGGGACAGUCUGCCCAUCGACGGCUGGAGGAAUCACUGGACGCCCUGCCCCGCAUCUUUGGGCCUGGCAGCAUGGCCAGCACCGCUUUCUAAAUUUCCUACCCACUGGCUUCCAUGCCUCUUCCCCUCACUUUCAGGGCUUACCAGGCACUGGCAGGGAGGGUGAGGGCUGGCUCCAGACACCUCUCCCCCACAGAUUCCCACCAAUUAAAAUCUAAUAUAUUCUUCUGUUGCCCUUGGGUUGGUAGAGUCAGUGCCUGCAGUCAAGUGCCUCCCAGCCUCGGCUCAGCACACUUGCCACAAAUCAGUGUCCCACCAUAUCCCUUGGUUUUAUAUUUUAUUUACAGAGUUUUACAGAAAAUAAAAAAGCAACAUGCCUUUCCUAA